CAAGAGUAAAGAAUAACUCUUGAUAAAGGCUAUAAAAAAAGUUAGCAGACAGCUACAAAAGGAAGGUUGUUAAAUCCGGUGGGUUAAAAUUCAACAUUUCUACUGAAUACUAGGAGUUAAAGAUAAAUCUGAAGAAACCCACGUGCUCUAGUAAACUAUCUAGAAAUUAUGAUGAAAGGAAGAAAAAACAGCUGUAGUUCUAAUCACAAUAAUCGUUAAACAACUGAAAGCUAAACUUUAAAAAAAAUGGAUGGUUUAAAGAAAAAGAAGAAGAUGAAGGUUAAACAGAAAGGAAAUAGAACAUCGGAACCACAGAUGUUGCAGGAUGACGUUCGAGGCAGUGUUAUUAGUUUCCGACCCCGCUCUGCUACGGAUUAUGAACUUAUGCAUGAGCUUAAGACAUCUGAACAGAUGGCAAAUAUUGCAUCAGGAUUGAUCAACAAGCGGCUUUUGAUCCAGAAGCAGGUCAACCUUUCACCUCAGAUCGUCGAUGAAAUCUUCCGAGCUUUAGAGGAGGUAGCCGAGUGCGACAAUUCAAUCGUCGUUCACUUCAUUAAGGAAUUUCAACUUUCAGAGAAUACGUGGCAAAACAAAGAUGACAGCAACCUCGAUGUACCAGUUAUCAAACUCUUAUUGGAUCUACUCCAGUUUUCUUUGGAGCCAAUAGAACACAAUGCAUUAUGGGUGAAGUUGCUAAGCGUCCUCAGCCAAGUUGACGAGAACAUGGACGUGUUUAUUAACAUGAAAGUUGCGGCGACCAUGAUGGGUGCCAUGGCGGCCCACAUCAACCACAGAGAAAUCCAGGAAAAUGGCUGCCUGCUGCUAGGCAACCUAGCUCGCUUCAAACCAACACCAACAAAAAAGGCACCUGUUAGGGAAAGUGGAAUACAAGUUGUGACACAUGCAAUGAAGAAACACCUUGAUGGUCACGUAGUUCAAAAAUUAGGAUGUCGAGUCAUCGCGAAUGUUCUGAAUACCAUGCAUUCGGUGUCAACGUGGGUUGUUCAACAAGAUUACGAGGAAGAGGAUGCAGAAAAAUUGACCAUAACAUCUUUAGAGGUGAUUGACUACAUCAAAGACCAUGCUCUUCCAAUCAUUGAGAAAGUCAUCGAGAUACACAAAGCCAACUUGGACGUCAUGAAAGAAGUUGCAAGAGUACGUGUGUACUUCCGAAACAAUGACAGCGAGAAAAAAGACUGUGACAGUGAAAAGUUAUAUUUUGAGGGAGAUUAUUCCAAAGAAGAAACAAGCUCAGUCCGGAGAAAUGGUAUCUUGAAAAAAUACGUAUCUACCGGUGACAUACCAAACAAGGUUCAGAGUUCAAUAUCUAGACGUGUGACAUUCUCAAACUGUGCUUCUGUGAGGCUUGAACUGCUCGGUAGUAGCUCUGAUGAGGACGAUUCUGACUCGGAAGGAUCUGUGGAGAAUGUCGCAAACUACAGCAAAAAUAAAUGCAGCAAUGAUAAGCUGCAACGCUUUAUGCAAGGCAAUCUGCUAGCCCAGCGGAGGGAACUUGAACUAGCCAAUGGCCUGACGUUCUCAGCUCAGCUGCACACCACAGGAUGUGAGCUAGCUACAGAGCAGGAAGUGACUGAUGCUAGGCAGCCUAUCAACCUUGACAGCAGCACAUUGCAAGCUAAAGCAGUUGCUAGUUCAAGUAGGCUGACACAUUUCAAUGAGUAUUCAAAAGGGGAGGAGCUAAGUCCUGGAGAAGCGUCGGAAAACCCUGGAUCAUCAGUUGCCAAUGUGUCAGAACCAUAUGAACAGUCCCAAACUUCGAUUAGACAGUCAAGCGACAGUAAACCUAAAGUACCGAUUAGAAAAUCCAUUGGGGACGCUCAUAAUAGACCAGUACCUUUAGUUUCCGUAACCUAUCCCGGCGAGUCUGAAAAAUUUAUACCGUCUAUUCAAGUUAUACCAGCUGAAGACCUUGACGAGGAAUUUGAAUCGUCGCAUGAAGUAUAUAGAGAGGAUUAUUAUGAAUCGGAGGAUAAUUGGGAUGAUAACGAUGAUGCCUUAAAUUUGUGUAAUCUUGAGAAAGUUGAAGCUGAUGACGAAAAUAAUUGGGUGUAUGUUAAAGAAAGUGAAGAAGUAUCAGAGGAGGAUCUUGUAGAUACUGACGAAGAGGCAGAUUUUAGAAUGGGUCAGGCGGAGAGUUAUUCACGUUUUUAUGAAGACUCGCAAAUUGCUGGUGGAAUGAGCCAGUAUAAUGCAAAGUUGGGUCAGUGUCUUGUCCGAGGUAAUUCUAAAUUCUAUAUAAAAAAUCCUCUACCUGAUAUUGAAAAACUUAAAGAGAAAGAUGGUUUUGAGUGUAGUGCAGACAAACAGUUUGAGAAAAAACUCUCUUCGUGCAUUGACCCUAAGGAAGAAAAUGAGAUCGACAUUGAAUUAUGCGAGAAAUUUCGUGCAGAUAAUGCAAUCAAUGAAGGAAGAGUUGAAGAAAUUGAUUUUAAAAUUGAAAAUAUCGAAGACAGUCAGGAACUGUCAGCAUCAGCAGACCCAGAAGGAAUAAAUGACCUGCAUGUAAAACAAGUCGGUAGAUUCAUCAUCAUUGAAGAUGACUUAUUAGAUGAUCCAUCAGAACCCCGAAAAAGAAAAAAGAAUAAAGAAAAACGAAGAAGCUUUUACGAUAAUGUGGAAUAUGUCUCACAAGAGCCAUCAUCAGAGAGCUCUGAAGACGAAAAAAACUUUUCUGAGAAAUCCGAAACUGAGAGCCAACUUGCCGAAGAGGAACAUAAUUUAGAAGAUGAUGAACAUGAGGAAGAUGAUGAUAAAAAUGGAAAAGGUAUAACCGAUAGUACUGGUUCAUUUUUGCGCAAAGAAAAAUGUGUAAUUCUUGCUGUAAAUGAGAUUCAGGAGAAUGAGGAGAAAUCGUUUGUAUACAACUCCAAAAAAGGGAAAGAAAUUAUUGAUGAAUAUACCGAGAUUGAUAUUGUUGAAGCAUUAAUACGAGGAAAAAACGAGGAAAAGGUAACAGAAGUAAAAGUACCUUCUCCCCCAAGUUCCCCAAUAUCGGACUAUUCCCCAGCUUUUACAAAACUGUGGAAGAAAGCGAGUUUUCGGGAAAGAUACCGAGACAGUGAACUUUAUUCAGAUGCUGAUUUGAGCGAAGUUACCACAGAAGAUAACAUGAGUCUAACUAGUAGCUUUGAAAAUCUUAUUGCGCAAUCGCUAGAUGAGGCGUUUAAAGAUAUUGGAGAGUCGUCGUUUGACGUUGACGCAUUUGGUGAUAUUGAAAUGAAGUCAAAGUCUUUGGAAAUGAACAUGACCGCGGCAGUUUGCCGUCGAUUGUCUAGUGUCAGUCGCCCGCCACCGAAGCCACGGAGAACAAUGUACUACAAGAAUGGGGAUGAUGUACGCAUGAGUCUUGAGCGAACCAGUCAUCUGGACUGGAGUCAGCAACUAAUGAUGCAUAAUCGUGACCCCUAUGAAUUUGAAGGUCUUAUCGUAAAACGGUCACCGAGCAUGCCCGAUAGUGCAUCUCUCAGGACCCCAUUCUGGGAGAAAUCCACAGAGGAACCAGAUUCAGUGACCGCUGCCUUUGCUUGUAAUGAGGAUAUACAAGAGGAGGAAUCCAUGGAAGUUUCUGCAAUAAUGCAAGGAACUGAGGCUGUAUAUGAUAUCUGUACACUGUGGGUAAAUGAUCACUGCAUAGAAGCAAUUGAGACUUUUGACAAACUUGUGAAACGUGUUAGGGCAAGCUCCAUGUCAUCAACGAAAAGUCUUUACUUUACAGACUUACACGAUACGAGUAAGAGAGUUCAAAAGGUCACCGAUACGGAUAUGUUUGGUUGGAGUGGAAUUUUAAGCGUGUUUUCCUCAGACGAAAAUAAGUGGACAUUGUCACUCAGUGCCUUGGUUCUGCCUGUGACAGACCGUCUGUUUGACAUCUGCAGCACUUCUAUCUUGGAUGCUGCUGUGGAACUGGUCCAGUUGUUGGUCAAAAAGUAUGGCAAGGAAGUAGAGAAGAACCACAGUAAAGGAGUAAUACGGACAAAAUACCGUGACGAGUGUCGAUCGUGUUACAUAUGGUUUAGUAAAAUCCGCUUCCGUAUUGAAGACAUGAUUUGGAAGGAACAGGAUCAAAGUGGUGGCAUUGAAUCAGAUGGCUUACUACACUCCUCUCUCCUCCAUUCGGUCUAUGAGGUUUUGAAACCAUUCGAUGCCAAAUCUUAGACAUUUCACCUUUUAUAUGAAGCAAGAUAUUUUUUCAUUUCAUUUUUACGCCGAAAGAAAAUGACUCCAAUUUUACUGGAUAGAAAUGGUGCUUUGUGUAUUUAUGAGAAUUGUUAGAAAAAAUUGGAUUGUUAUAGACGGAUCCACAGUGAUUAUUCUCCCUAUCUGCAGAUGCCAUAGCUGGUCGUGGUGGGGGAGUCUUAAGUACAGUAUUAUCUGCUACAAAGGUAAAUACUGGAAUUAUAGUACGUACUGUACAGUAUUUUGAUUUUGUCGUAAUCUAUUCUAAACGUGGAGGGGGACCCCCAAGAAGGCAAUGGCAGCACCGAUAGAGACCACCAUUUCCUAUUGGAUUUAUCUGUAGGAUUUGAACCAGGGAACAUGGGAUUAGAACAUAACAACUACAGCUCUAUUAGCUAAGAUAAUGGAACUUGAAAAUUGAGAUAAUCUUGAUGCUGAUUAAAUUAAGAACUGUAAACAGUAAUGCAAACACACAUGGAAACAUCUCCACUAAUACCUAACAACCAAGUAUUAUGACUGAAUUGAAGAUUUUGAGAUUAUUGAAUUAUUAGUAGGAAAAUGGAGACAUAAGGAAGAAACAAUUUGUUGAAAAUCUCAAUUUGGCAAAAGUCAUCCGGCAGAUCUGGUUGAAUGGACUUUGGUAUCAUAUUAAAUUUAAUUUUGCUCAUGCCAAUGGUGAUACCCAUCAACACUGAUUUCUGUGAGACAAUUGCAAAUAAAGUAUUAAAAACAUGCAAAUACUAUAUGAAUAUGCAGAAGAUGUAAUAUUUUCCAAGAGAUUCUUGCUUGCAUGUGAGAGUGCAGGAGGCCAUCCCGAUUUCCGCAAGACUCAUGACUUGCAGAAGAUUUAAGAACCAUGAAAUUAUUAGAGAUCUGGAUUGUCUAACGGAGAAAAUGGAGACACAAUAAAGAAACAGUUUGUUGUAAAUUUCGAAGAUACAAUUGAUAUCUUGGACACAAGUGAUUAUAUUCAUCAAGGCAACCUCAUCCAAAAUGCUCUUACAUUUUAAUAGCAAAUGUUAUACAGUUUUUUUUUUAACUACAGCUACUUGGGAUUAUCUAGCCGAAAAAAUGGAGACACAAGAAAGAAAAAUUUUGUUGGAAAGUUCAAAGAUACAAUCAAGAUCUUGGACAAAAGUCACCAUUUUAAUCAAGGCAAACUCAUCUAAAAUUCUCUUGCUUUCAACAAAUAUCCAGUUGGGUCUAACAACAUCUGGGAUUAUCUAGCAGAGAAAAUGGAGACACAAGAAAAGAAACAUUUUGUUGGAAGUUUCAUAUCUAGCAUAUUAUCUAACAUGACUCAAACAUGUAUUUUCAUGAUAUUUUGAGGUUAUACAAAGCUAGGUCAUAUCUUAAACUGUGUCACAAUAGACAAGGGUCCUCUAGUAGGCUGAGUCAGAAUUGCUGGAGUAUUGAAUGGGAUUAAGUUUUGAGUGGCAGACCUAAAGUUAGACUUUACUUUCAACUGGUUUUAUAAAAACCUCAGUAGCAUUCACACAUAUUUUGGAUCAGUAAGCAUUAUGGGGAUUUUUAAUGCAUUAUAGGCUUUUGUGCAGGUGUUACUGGGACAGUGAUCAUAUUAUUCUAUCUCAUAUAUUUUAAAAUUUAAACAGUGGUUUAACUUUGGCAGUAUGUUGGACUAGUUGUUGUGUUUAAACUUAAAAGUUAAUUUAGAUUUAUUUCUUUCUUUUCAAUAGCAAAACCGUUAGGAAAACGAAACAAUACAGAAAACGGUCAUGAAAAAUUAGACUACAGUGAAGAAAAUUUUUUUUUUAAUGAUAUUGGGUGUUGUAUGAUAUACAUACAGUACAUAUUUACAUUUCUAAAUUUACUGUUGAACCACUUUGGAAAUCAUUACUUAACACUGGAAACCGAAAGUGUCAUUAAGGUAAACUUAAACCGGGCACAAACUGUGCCAACGGAUGGUUGUUAGAUGUAAUUCCUUGGAAAACGUGAUGAGGCAUGAGCAACAGCUCAUUUUCCAAACAAUCCACUCGCACUGCUUUACCACCGACAAUCAAUAGAUGACACCUUGCGUCGAGUACUUAGACAGUGGAGAUAGAUAUGAAUGUAUAUUUUAGGAAAAGAGAUUCAUGAAUUUUAAAUUUAUCAUCUGAAUAACCACUCUUUAUCAUUGUUGCAGUCAUUUUUUGUGCAAUUGUUAUAUUUUUGAGUCAGCAUAUGAUGAUAUCAUAGAGAAUAUUUAACAUAUUUUAUCUAUAAUUUAUAGUUCAUAUUUGAAAAGUAAGUAGAAAUUGUCAAUUUAACCAACUGGUAUUUUUUAUAUGAAGUAUCGUUAUAAAAAUUGAAAGAAAAAAUCAAUAUGGGUAAAUAUAAGGAUGAAUUAUUUUAAAAGCAUUAUAAUAUAUAAUACAGUAUAUAACAAUGCUUCCUCAUUACUGUACUCUUGAUUAGCUUAGGCCUAUCAUUUUUAGUAUUAUUUUAAACUGGGAAAUAAAGCUAUAUAUUUUUAAUUGUGUGAGAACUAGAUACUUGUAUUAUUUAUGUAUUUUCUUUAAAUUAAUGGCAGCAUAAAUUGCCAAAAUAUUUUACAGAAUUGUGUAAACUUUUUUGGCAAAAAAAAGUAUUGAUGUGUUUAAUUUAUAAUAACAAUGCUUCCUCAUUACUCUUGAUUAGCUUAGGUCUAUCAUUUUUAGUAUUAUUUCCAACUGGAAAUGAAGCUAUACAUAUUUAAUUGUGUGAAAAUUGGAUAGUUGUAUUAUUUAUUUAUUUUCUUUAAAUUAAUGGCAGUAACAAAUUUUGCCAAAACCUUUUACAGAAUUGUUUACUGUACACUUUUUUUGGCAAAAAAAGUGUUGAUGUGUUUAAUUUUCAGAUUUUUAAAAUGAGAAUACCAUUAUUUUAUCAUAAUAAUAGUUAGGUAUGCUUCCAUAAUAAUUCUCAAUAUGAAAUCUUGGAACCUGGAAGCUAUCAAAUUGUGAAUGUGUUAAAAAAGAAACUCGGAGAUAAUUUUCAAUGUGAUAUCUUGGAACCUCAAAGCUAUCAAAUUUUAAAAAGAAACUCGGAGAUGAAUUCACUUUUUUUGUGAUUUUCUGGGUGUUUCAGGUCUACAUAGUUUAUUGAUUUACUGAAUGUUUAACAACAUUAGUGCUAUUACACAUUAAUAAUAUUUCAAAAUACUAAUGAGAUCAUUUCAUAAUUCAUUAAUAUAAUUGGUUGUUUCCUCUUCCCAACUUGCAGAUGAUUAGUUGAAAGUUUUUAAGUGACGGCUGUUAUUGACAGUUAUGUGUUUUCACAAUUAAUUGAUAUUUCAUCACUCUUCGAUACUUUUGUGCGCAGUUACGUUUAAAUUAUGUUUUUAGAUUAUACUUUUGUGAUGAUGUCACUGAAAUUUAACUAACUUCCCAAUGGCAUGCCCUGCAGUAGACUUGGACAAAUUUAACUCAGUUUCUACCAUUAUAAAAUUGUAGUACAGUGUUUGCUAAUUUUUAGAAAUUGUUAUUUGUUUUCGGCUUUUUUCCAUUUCAUUCACUUAAAUUUUAACAUUUUUAAAUGUACUUGACAAUUUUGUAAUUCAUUCAUUAUUUAGCCAAAAUAAACACACAUAUAUAAAAUAAUUAAACAAAAUAAUAAUAGUGUCUGUAGACUUUUGCUCUCUGAAAAACAACGUAACUCAAUAAUUGAAUCGCAGGUGAACAAUUUUAGAAAUUGAAAGCAAUUAGAAAUUGCAAAAGCAUCUUGAAAUUUUUUUUAUUAAUAUGUAACAUGAUAAUGCUACAAAACUGUAAUGAAAUUAUCGAAUAAUAGUUUAUUUUGGUAAUCAAACGUAUUUUGUACAGACAUCUGAGACAACAAUAUUAAAACAUCAGAUUCGUAUAAAAUUAUAAAAAACAAGAAAACUGAUAUUUGAAGUAUUGUUUUCACUGAGAUUAAACAUGUGAUUGUAAGCGGUUCUUUUGUAGACUCAAUUAUAUCUGAUUACCAACUACCACAAUUGUCGCGAUAAUUUUAUCAAAGGAAGCAAUAUUAAUAUUUUCUCUCUUGCACAACUACGAUCUUCAGAGUGAGGGAGUACUUUAUAUUGAUAUUAUAUAAACGAUAACAUUGAUAAGUUUAUUGAUAUUAUAUAAAACGAUAACAUUGAUAAGUUAUGCCAUUUUACUGGCAUAUGAAUUUGGUGUCUAACGAAUGAUGCACAUUUGAAUAUAUUUUCAGCAAUAUAUAAUAUUUUUGUAUAACCUUGAUUGUGUUUGAAGAGACUUUAUUUUUAAGAUAUAUUUUCGGUAAAAUAAUAUAGUGUUUUUUUUUCCCCAAAUCGUAUAUCUUGUAAAUUUACCUUGAUGUUGUAUUAUAGUUUCAGUACUCUUCGUCUUUGUCUUUCAUUUAAAAUGCAAUGUAGAUCUGUGUGUGUAUGAAUCAAAUACUGAAGUCCUGUCCAAACAACAUAAUUUCAUUUGGCAAAAAUAUGACAUGCUUAAAUAUUGUCAUGAUGACAUCACAUUAUGACCAUAUAUAGGCACAUUAUGACUAUACAUGUGCGUACAACAGUUUUUUUUAUGAAAGAAAAUUUUACAAUUUGGGCAGAGCUUUAAGUCUCUAGACUUCAGAAUCAGACAAAAAUAUGAAUACAAUGUCAUAUCUAGGAGUAUUGUUUCCAAUAUUUAUCUCAAUAUUGAGGAUGUUUAAUAUGACGUAUGUGAAAGUUAAGCCCUACGAGAAAUAUCGCUUAAUUUGCAAUUAAGUUUGGAAGUUUUUUUCAUAGGUAAUUUGAUUUCAAUUUACGCAGUGCCUUGUAUCCGUACACUAGAAGACGUAUGUAAAAUUCAAAUUUAUUUUAAUUUUAUGACAUAUAAUAAUAAUUGUUGUUGUAGUUGUUCUUGUUGCUGCUGGUAUACAAAGUAUCCCUUAUUUCAGUGUACGUAAAUGUUGUAAUUAAUUACUUAAUUGGUCACAAGGAUUGUGAAUGUUAUGAAAAAGUUAGUGCAGUAUUACUUUGGUUAAAUAUAAAAUGCAUUUUUAAAUACAUAGUAGAUGUAAAAUUGUAUCUUUAAAAAUAAUAUAUGGAGUGAAAUUAUGGUUUUCUGACUCCAAGCAUGAAUAACUUGUCAGCUGUUUUGGCUGAAGUAAGAUAUGAAUUGCCAGUGAAAAUUUGACACAGAAUGGAAAACCAUUUUCUUAUCUCCCAACAUGUUUUUCCAAAACAUUUAACUCAUACAGAUCAAUGUGUCUCAAAAAACCUGUCAUGGAUCUGCUAACAAUGUGAAAAUGUCCUUGCCUCCAUUACCAUCCAAUUGGAAACAGUCAUCAGCAUAAGUUGAAAUGUUUUUUUUAACAAGUGAACUAAACAUGUAAUUAUGAAUGUCAUAUCGAUACCGAAGGAAUUGUACCGAACAUCUUAAUAAAGGAUGCCACAUAAUUUCUACUCGGGUUUUAUCACCGGCUUAUCGUGGAAGUCUGUAAAUGUAUAUUAUUUGUAAGAUUGUGUAUAAGUGUCAAAGAAUUGUACAUUUUUAAAAUGCAGGUGUUUUUGUUGCAUAUGUGUCAUUAUGAAGCUAUCUAUUAAUGUAGUAUAUGUUUUAAAUGAGAUAAAUGAAGUGCUACUUAAUUUUAUAAAUGCUGAAAUCCUUCCAUUAUAUUUUCCAGUAGCACUUAAUACUUGUCUCUGUGCCCUGAUUUAGAAUGAAGACAAGUAAUUUAUUAGUUUGGAUACGUUUUAUUGGUAGCGCUUAAAUUACUUCCAUCUUACAAAACAUUUGUAUACCAGGUAAUUUAUACUUCUGUGUAAUCAUCUCAUAUCAACCUGCUCAUGUAUUUUUUUGUUUGGUUUUCAAUAAUUUAUCAUAAUUCUAUUAAUCAACUCUCAAUCCUGCUCUUAUUGCAAUCUAUACCUUAAUUUUGAUCGUUAAUACUGUAGAAUGUGUUCUAUGACAAGUUUUGUAUAAAACAUAUAAAAGCGUCAUGAAAUAGUAUAAUAGUAUUUGCUUCUGCAGGCAGUGUCUAUGAUUGUGCAGUUGUUUUUUGAUCACGUGAUGUAUAACCAAGGAGCAUAAAGAUAUUGAACGUAUUAACAAAUCUGUUGAUAAACUUGAGAUUCCAAAUAUAUAUAUAAUGAUAUUCUUAUAAUUUA